CUGACAUAGAAGCUGACAUCAUUUCUGUCGGCGUUAGGUUGCUGAGUUGAAUUAUUACACUUUGAAUUUCUGCAGGUUUAACAACUAAAUAAAGGUAUUCUUAUACCGAUACCUAUUUACAACUUAUUAUAUCAGUAUUUACCAGCAAAUGUGUGAUUAUAAAUGACAAACGACCGCAGAGUUUGAAGUUACGAAUCUCAGUCUAUCGAUCGAAGUGAAAAACGGAGAAAUGAUCAAUUUCGACAGCGUUAUGUACAAACUAAAGCAAUUGUUUUAUUCGCCGUUAGACAGCAACGAAAACUUCAAAAGUGACAAGUACUCUAUAGUCAUCGAAACAGACUUCGAACACGACAAACAUAAAGAUAAAGUUGAAUCCCAUGUUCCUGGUUUGAACAGCUACGGUACGUUCGAAGACACAGCAGAAUUUAUACAGUGCCAAGAACUGAAAUCUGAAAUAGAAAAUGCUCUUCGAACUGCCAAAGAAAAACAGCUCCAUUGUGAAAUCCUGUUUCCAUGUGGGUUGAUCUCGAAGAUCUCGCAGGAUGUUUUGCGGAUGGCCCAGGAUGAACCUUAUGGUCUGCGUGGUUGUGUGUUGUACAUUAACUUGGACGAGAAAAGUCUGUGUCGUAGAAUAGCCAAAGUAAUUUGUGACCCCACCACUGUGGCAACAUUCGAGUUGUAUCUGACAUUGAGAGAAGACAACAGAGGCUGGUGCAUGCUUCACAAACUGUACAUUACUGUCAAGAGUUGCUUCAAAAAUUCAAAAUGGAGAACAUUUCCCAAAAUCCUUUGCUCUGGAUUCAUUUUGGAAAAGAACAAACUUUACCGCAGUAAUCGGCAGUAACUAAAAUGAUCUAGUCUUGCUUAAUAGAACUGAUGUUACAAGAUUUAUAAAAAAACCCAUUGCUUUAGAAAGUUCUCCUGGGAAUUGUUUGUGAGAAGAUUGAAAGGUUUUGUGUCGAGUAUUUUAUUUGACAUGUGGAAACCACUGAAUGUGUUCUUGAGAAUGUCUUACCAUAAAUUCCAAAAUUAACAGAUCUGUUUAACCACAAUGUAUUUAAUUUGUCAAAUGGCAUUGUUAGUCUUAACAUACAGCUUGACAUUUUUUGUUGUUGUUAAACACCAAAUGGAGACAGACGUUUUUGUUAGGACAUCACAAACAUAGAUGAUGAUAAUGAGACGAAUGGUGAAGCUGCCAUAUUUCCCUUUUGAUAUGGAACUACUUAACAGGGUUGUGCUCCACACUUUACAGCAUGACAACUUGUUCAGAAGAUAUAGAUAUGCUAAGGGGGGUAUUACAUGGUAUAUUAUUCGCCCAUUAGCUACUGAAACUUUUGGACAUUUGAGCAAAUAUUAUAACAAUUUAGAAAACAAAUUGGGUCAAAUUUACAGUAAAUAUGUUACUGCUUGUAGACUUGUACAUGUACGUGAAAGGAAAUGUAAUAGAUGACAAAGUCAUAUUUGAAUUCUGUAUUUGUAAUUGCAACAUAAAGGUAUUAAAGUUCAAACAUAAUAUUAAUUACUGCUUAAAUUAUUGAUAAAUGACUUGAAUGUCUGGUAUAUAGAUAGAUAGAUUGACAUUGACAUGACAGUACGCAGAACUAAUGUAAUUCCAUUAUGCUUAAAGGCAUGCAUAUAUUUGUGACUUGGACAUGUACCUAGUUAUUAAUGCUGCCAUUAACUUUAAAUCUUCUGAACACAUCCAUUGGUUUCCGUGUCAGUAGUUGAAUGUGUUUUUGUACGAGACAACAGUGCCAUAUUGUUUAGUCUGUGAUAUACUGCUAGUGACGAUAAGCAUGAAUGGCAUUCCAUUGAACUCUUGUGAUGUUAUUUACUUGUAUGUUUAUUUAGUUGUUUUAUUGCUCGUUGGGUAAUUUCCUCAAUUUCAAAGACUCAUGUUUUAUUGCAAAUUUAUAUUCUGCAAAAUUCUGUUGUGUGUAAAUCGCCAGUUUUUACUAUUUCGUGAACAAUAUGUGAUAUAUAUUAAUGAUGCAUUGUGAUUUUGAUUGGUUUUCAACAGCAUAUGAUAUUGCUAAGGUCAAACAUACAAAAAGAAAACUUUAUUGGUCCCUCACACUUACAGAGCUUAUAAUUUAUCCUUUCAUGUUUCAUUGAGGUCUUAAAAUAUGUGAAUCAAACAUUCUACAUUGGACAGAAUUGUUCUAUACUGGUAUUUGAAAGAAAAAUCACUUACAUAAAAAAAUUCAUAAGAUUUAAUCUUCAUUUGUCUAGUCAAUACUUCAUAUAUUAUGGAUAUAUACAGUGUACUAAAACUACAUAUUAUAAGAAUCUCAAACUACAGUUCGCAUCAAUAAAGCCAAACAUAUUUCUAAAAUACUAAGUUUGGUUAGUGCAGUGCUUAUUUCAUCAUUGCAAUAAUAAAUGGAAGAUUGAAAUACGGUUGUAUUAUUUGUAAUAAAUGGUUGUGAUAAUCAUAAUUAACAAUAACAUUUUUAUUUUGUUUAAUUUCUCCUUUGUCUUUAAUGACAAAUAGUUGUUUCACUAUACUGAACAUGUGGAAGAAGUCGAAUUGCAGUUUUCAUAUAGCAACUCCCUAAAAACAUUUUUUUUUUUUUUUUAUUGGGAGAUGGGGUGGGGAAAACAAGUUUAGAUUUGGGAGACCAUUUAUUUCACUGAAAUCCUCAAAAUUAAAGUCUGGUAUCUGGACAUUUCAUAUUGAUGUUUAAGUUCAUGAUGACAUUAUUUUCCUUUGUUUAUAUUAGCCUAGUUAAUUUUAUAUAUUUUUAAUGUUAGGUAUUGUAUUUAUAAUGCUACAUUGUAUUUUAUGUUUGCAACUAAAUUAUAUUGGUUCAUUUUUUAGCAGUAUGUAUUAACAAUACAUUGGCUUCAAUAGUCGGUCUACAAGUCGGUAAUCAAGUGUACCAUAGUCAAUAGUAUCAUUUUCAUGUUUAGAAAAUGUACAAGUAGAUACAUUUCAUUUAAAAAACAAAAACAAAAACAUCAUUAUUUGGGUAACUACAGUUUAACGUAGCAUGUUUAAUGUUCAGCCAUUAUGAAAGCUUCCAUUCAUAAAACGGGUUUAUUUGGAAUACUCACUUUUCAUUUGGCAUGUCUUUGAUUUCACUAGUCUGUUGAUAUUUUUAACAUGUUGCCUAUGGACCCAGAGGGUAGAAAAUAAUAUUUUUGUUUCUCCUUCAUAUCCAAUUAUUUCAGAUGGUAAAAUGGUGUUUUUGGAUUGCAGACAAGCAUUGGGAUGGCACUUUACACUAUAUCCACUGGAAGUGGAUUGAAUAUGCCCUAAAAAUAUGUUUUAUGUGUUCCUGGUUUCUUCAUUUAUAGUUUACAUGAUAUUUGUAGCAUCAAAUGAGAGUGGUUACACAAACAAAUCAAUACAUGUUACCCCAUCUCAUCUCUCUAGCCCUGAAAAAAGCUCAAUAACCUCGUCAUGGGGUGGGGAACGUUUCAUGUGCAGAUGAUGAAACUUUAUUUGUUGUGCCACAGGCUCAAGUUUCCACCACAAUGCUCUUGUUCAGAAUGUUUUCAUUCAUUUUUCAGUAAACACCUGAAUUUUGUUUUAAUAUCAACUUUUAACAGCAUCUCAUUCUCAUUUUCAUACCUCCUAUAUAUGUAAGUCUCGUCUUUAUUGAAUUUGACUGUGCUUUUAGAAAUAAGUAUUUGUUUAGACUUGAUGAUUGAAACACACCAGUAAACGUUUCUCAAAAUAUGUGCAAUAAUGAUAUUUUCCGAACAUGACCAGGACAUUAAAAAUGAUGAUACUAAUAAAAUGCUGAGAUUGUGGUGCAUAUUUGAUAUUGAACAUUAUAUAUCCAUUUACUGAUGUUGGUAAAAGGGAGAUAACUCAAAUGGCUGGAAAUCUGUCCUGACAUUUUUAUCCUACAUAUUCACAUUAACAAUAGCUUUAUUUCCAUUUCUCUGCUUCAUUGUAAAACAAACCACAAAUAUUUAGUGCUUUGUACAUGUAUUAAAAACAAAUUCAUACUUUUCCAGAAUUUCAUACUUGUGUAAUAAAAAUAUUUCCAUGACAAUCAUUAAAUGUUUUCUUUUCA